AUGGUUUGGUUGAUAACUGAUUGCGCCGGACUGGUAUACUUCUCCUCUUGGCUUUGCUUUAAUAGAAUAUAUUUCGAUUGGAAGAGACUUGACUCAUGCACUCAUGAACUCAUAUGCACUCCUAAACUCCUGAAAUCAGGAACUGGUUUGAAAGCUUCACUCAUGAGCUAUCUUACUAAAGGAAUUCCAGAAGUGAAGGCUGAAUGCGCAGGCCAUUCUACUGAAGGGGUAGAAAAGCUUCCUCUUCCGUCAACCACCUCCUCCCCCCUGCCCUCGAUCUCAAGCAGGGGGUUAUCUUGGAUUGAUGAGUUUUUUGAUCCAGAGGUCUCGUCGUCGGCCCCAGCCCAGGGUCAACGACAGCAAGAGGAGGGUGGUCUCUUUCAGCCACCCCAACCGGCCCCCUCUUCCUCUUCUACUGGCGUGGGGCCCCACGAACCCCCCACAUCGGAAGAAGUGAAAUCAAAGCUCGCCGACUUUUUGUCUUCCUUUGGAAGACGAAAGGCACGCGCCAAUUUUAUUGAUCGAACCGAACGGGAACUUGAGAUAAGCGCUGCUUCCCCUGAAAAGCUGGGUAAACUUAUCCAAAUAAUGGAAACCCUAAGCCGCGGCCCAAACAAGCCCAAUUCGGGUCAGAAUGCCGCGGCCAAGCUAACUAUGGAACUCGAGGCAUGGGCAAAAAGGGUGGCGUCAAAGCCUUCAACAAAAAAAGCCAUUUGAUUCAGUAGAGCUCAAGGCGGUAUAGUCAGUGUGAAGUGUACUAACGCUUCACUGAAUCUAUCCCGGCCUUCCUUUUUAUACAGGCGUAUACAAUCUCUCUAAUUCAAAAAGGGGGAGAUUUUUCGUAUCGUAUACGUAUAUAAGGCUCCAAAAAACCAAAGUAGUGCUUCAUAAACGAGGCGGCAUCUCAAGUAGCCUUCACGGAGGCCCACUUCCAUCCCGCAAGAGAGCCGUGAAAUCUGAUCUUUCUCGAUUUCCACUCGUGUGAGAAAAAGCGAUGAGGUUAGUGUGAAGCAACCAACCUAUACCCUGCAAUCAAACUAAAGCGCGUUAGCGCCCCUUCCAGCUUCUUUCUCAAAGUCAAGAAGGAUUUCGCCUUUUUAUUGAGGAGAGAUUAAUGCGCUCAAGCUUACUAAGCAAACGCCCUAUCUUACAACAUAAAGGGGCUCGAAAGCAAGAAGCAACGGAUUAAGCAACUUGCGCGAAAGCCUUUGCUCGUUAGCGCUUUAGUUUGAUUGCAGCUA